UAGCGGAACAGUCCAACGGGACAUCAUGUCGAUGUAUAGCGUGUUCCUGGGUCUGAAUACUUGGGGGGUGCUCCUUUUAGGUCUAGCACUUUUCCUCCUUUGGGCCACCUUUGGCAAAAAGGAGCCGGCAAAUUUCCCACCCGGGCCGCUCGCCCUGCCUCUCGUCGGAAGCGUUUUCAAUAUUCCUGUCAAGCAGCCUCACAUGUAUCUGACGCAGUUGGCCGACACUUACGGGAACGUGUUCUGCAUCAGUGUGGGACAAGAGAAGACGCUGUUUGUGUGUGGAUGGGAGAUGGUGAAGGAAGUCCUCGUGACGCAGGCUGACAAAUUUGUAGACCGGCCCUACCAGGCCCUGUUUGCCAGACUGUACAAUCAACACACAGGAGGGCUUUUCUGCAGCAACGGCAAGACAUGGAGGAGGCAGCGUCACUUCGCCAUGGGCACCCUACGCACCUUCGGCCUGGCUAACGGCAUCACGGAGAGGACCAUCAACGAGGAGAGCCAACACCUAUGCCAGGCCUUGGAAAAACACCAAGGUGAAUUAUUUGAUCCCGCCUCCGAGUUGAACAGCGCAGUGGAAAACAUCAUCUCCCAGGUGGCUUUUGGGAACAGGUUUGACUACAGCGACCCAAACCUAAAGCAGCUGCACGCCACCAUGGCAGAGAUGGUCUUUCUGGAAGGUUCCGUGUGGGCCCUGCUCUACAAUGCCUUCCCGGCAGUGCUGAAGCGAUUGCCUGGGCCCCACAACAGAAUCUUCAGCAACUUCCAAGCCGCAGGAAAGUUCAUCAACACCCAGAUACAAAUCCACAAGUUGGAGUUUGACCCCAGCAACCCACGAGAUUACAUCGAUGCCUUCCUGGUGGAGAGCAAAGACAAAGCUAACAGUGAACUAGGUUUCACAGAAGAAAAUCUGAUUCUGUGCUGUCUGGAUCUGUUCCUCGCCGGAACGGAAACUUCCUUCAGGACACUGCAAUGGGGACUUCUCUUCCUUAUCCAGAGCCCUGAAAUCCAGGACAAAGUCCAGGCGGAGAUCGAGCAAGUGAUUGGGCCGAGCCGCCUCCCCAAGAUGGCCGACAGAGCCCACAUGCCCUACACUAACGCGGUCAUCCAUGAGAUCCAGAGAAUGGCCAACAUCAUUCCUCUCAACGGAGGCAGAGUGGCCUCGACAAACCUGAAACUGGGGGAUUAUGUCAUCCCCAAGGGCACCACCGUGUUGCCCAUCUUGACAUCGGUGCUGUUUGACAAGAACGAAUGGGAAACUCCACAUACAUUCAAUCCUGAACACUUCCUGGAUUCCGAUGGCAAUUUUGUGAAGAGGAAUGCAUUCGUAGCUUUCUCUGGAGGCAAACGUGCAUGUCUGGGUGAGGGCCUAGCCAAAAUGGAGCUGUUCUUGUUCCUCGUGGCUAUGCUGCAGAAGUUCACGUUCUCCGUGCCUGAAGGAGUCGAGCUAAGCUCCGAGGGAAUCAUUGGAGUGACGCGCUCGCCGCACCCCUUCAAAGUCUUUGCUACAGCCCGCUGAGUGUCGAACACACAUCUUAUUUCUUCUUAAAUGGAACUUGAUGCAGGCAAAGGUGCUUUUUAUCCAUUUAGCUAUCCUAGACUUAUUUAAACUGCUUAUAUAUAUAUAUAUAUAUAUAAAUAUAUAUAAUUAUUCAGGUUUAUAACAGCUCGAUGUUUGUGAAAUUAGACAUUUAUUUUCAUAAAAGACACUCGACAUACACACAAUAAAUUACAUUUGCAGACGCAUCCCAUUUGCAAUUGGUAAGCACAUUCCGAGGGCUGCGUUCAGAGCGGGAAGGCUUCACAAUACAUUUUGAGGCAGCUUACAUGAAUAAUAUUUCACGGUUUGCAAUUUCACAUGUGAUAUGCUCCGAACAUAGCAUUAUCAAGAAAUGUGGUCAAUCAUUGCGUCAUACAUUUUUGCAUGGCCCCAUGAUGACAAUAAAACCUAAAAUGAUGUCUGGUA